AUGGAGAAGACCGUUCCGACUCGCCUCACCGUGGCUCCUGUGCCUCCCGAUGAGAUCUUCGCGCUGAACGCUGCAUACUUCGCCGACAAUUACCCACAAAAGGUCAGCUUGGGGGUGGGUGUCUACCGGACGGAUGAUGGCAAGCCUUGGCCCUUGCCUGCUGUUCAGCAGGCCGAGCAGGCGCUCGCAGAGGAGGACGAUCUCAUGAGACACGAAUACACUGCCAUCGAGGGAGACAAGCCCUUCUUGCCCAUUGCGCGAGAUCUGAUGUUCGGCUUCACGGGCCAGCCCAGUGAGGAGUCGGCCAAGGCACGUAUUGCUACUGUACAGACCGUGGCGGGUACCGGUGCCAACCACCUGGGUGCCUUGUUCCUUGCCCACCACAUGAAGCCGCCAUCAGUCUGGCUGUCCAACCCUUCGUGGGCCAAUCACAUGACGAUCUGGGAACUGGCUGGCGUGCCGCGCAAGACCUACCCCUACUACCAUGCUGCUACGAGAUCCUUCGACUUUGACGGUAUGAUGUCGACCCUGGAGAAUGAGGCUCAGGAAGGUGACGUGGUUCUGUUGCACGCUUGCGCUCAUAACCCUACCGGUCUGGAUCCGAACAAGGAGCAGUGGGUCGCCAUCGCGGACCUGUGUGAGCGCAAGAAGCUGUUCCCCUUCUUCGACUCGGCCUACCAGGGCUUCGCCUCGGGAUCUGUCGAGGAAGAUGCCUGGGCCGUCCGCUACUUCUUCAACAACAAGCCCGACAUGGAGAUGUGUGUGGCCCAGAGUUUCUCCAAGAACUUUGGUCUCUACGGACAGCGUGUGGGGGCCUACCACUACGUGACCAACCGCAAUGCGACUUCCAUUCGCGACGUGAUUGUGAACAAUCUUUGCCACUUGAUCCGUGGUGAAUUCUCCAUGGGUCCUCGCAUCGGCUGCAGCAUUGUCAAGAAGAUUAUGACAAGUGAGGCCUUGGUGGCCCAAUGGCACAGUGAUCUGCAGGUGAUGAGCUCGCGUAUCAAGUCGAUGCGCCAGGCUCUCUAUAGCGAGCUGAUUCGCUUGAAGACCCCCGGUACUUGGGAGCAUAUCAUUCAGCAGAAUGGCAUGUUCUCGUACACAGGUUUGACCCCGAAGCAAGUCUACGCGCUCCGGGACAAGUACCACGUCUACCUGCUCAAGUCUGGUCGUGCUUCCAUCAGUGGCUUGAGCAAGAAGAACGUUGCUUAUGUUGCCCAGGCUAUCGAUGACGUUGUCCGCAAUGUCCUGUAG